AUGGCGACCUCAAAGGAGUACACUAUUCUUUUCUGUUGCACAAAUUCUACGUUUUCUGCGUCGACAUUUGGUUUACCCAUGAAAUAUUUUAAUGCAGUUAUGUCUCAUGAAUUUGACCGAAGGAUUAUGCCAGAAUACGAGGAAGAAUUGGAUGCCCUUUGGCAGAAGAAGUUAAGUGAAAACUCAAACAUUUACAACGCCUCAAAAUUUCGCUUGAACAGUUUUACAGAGGAGAGUGACCACAUAAAGUUGGAGUUUGGUUUAACUUGCUAUAAGGAUUUUCAAUGUACCAAUAUGCAAUCAAAAGAAAGUGUGAAAAUGUUGCAUGACUAUGGGUUGAGGAAUUAUGAUGAUGUAAAUGCUUGCAUGGCCAACCCUAUGUUUUCAACUGCAAUUGUUGUAUCAAGUGAUAAUUAUGUUGUCAUGUUUAAAAGAAGUGAUAUGGUGGGUGAGUCACCCGGAAUGGUUGAUUUCCCUGGUGGGCAUAUGGAACCAAGUGAUAUUGACAAGGAUGAUAUCUUAGAGAACAUGUGCGGUGAUGAUGUGGUCAAAGAGUUUUUCUAUUCUGCACUGAGAGAGGCCAGGGAUGAGGUGAACCUUCCAGAAUCCUCACUAAGUUGGCCAUGCCUGUUAGGAAUCCUCAGAAACAAUAAAAUUGGUGGAAAACCAGGAGCGUGUUUUUAUAUGAGGUGUACUUGCACUUCAGAAGAAAUUAAGCUCCUCUAUGAAAAAGGUGGAUCCGAGUCGUAUGAAUCCACAGAGGUUAUUCUUAUUCAGAUGAAGGAACUUUUCCAAAAAAAUUCAACAUUGUUCCCUAAACUCCUGAAGAACAUGACUGUAUCAGCACAUGCAGCACUUGAAUUACUUAACCAUAGCUACGAGGAACAAUUGAAGUUUAAUUGAUGAUAAUUGCUGUGA